AUCAGAAUCGAUUAGAAGAGUAUUCACGAUCAUGUGACCUAAUCACGUGACGUAAAUAUGUCUGCGCCCACGUAAACAAAACCAAAAGUGGAUGAAUUUUGUUAUGAAAAAUACCAAAUAGACAUGUCAAAUGAAGAUAACGCAACUUUACAGAGAGAUGAAAUAGAAGCCCUGUCAGCAAUCUAUGGGGAUGAAUGGUGCAUUGUUGAUGAAGAACACAAGAUAUACUGUAUAGAGGUCACAGAUGGACAAACUAAACCAGUCUGGAAAAUUUGUAUACAAGUUCAUCUCCCAGAAGAUUAUCCAAGUGAGUCUCCGCCUGAAUAUCAAAUAAAUGCACCAUGGCUACGUGGAGAUGAAAAAAGGAAUUUAGAAGCGGCAUUAGCAGACAUUUACUGUGAGAAUCUUGGAGAAAGUAUUGUAUAUCUGUGGACAGAGAAAAUACGAGAGUUUCUGCAAGCUAAAAUAACAUCUCCAGUUAGUGAUGGUGGAGAGCAGUUAUCAGGUGAACGUCAAAUAAACUUGACAACAGAAGUUGACCACGGUGAUGACUUUGAUCUCAGCUUAAUAGAAACACUGUCCAAUCAUUCUGACCACAGCAUAGAAACAUCAGAUGAUUUGGAGUGUCCUGUAAUAACACAUGGAGCAUGCGUCACAGACAGACGUAGUACGUUUCAACCGCAUUUAGCUCCAGUCUCACAUAAAUGCCAGAUCAAGAUGGUUCUGGAUAAGCUAUAUGAGAACAAAAAGAUAGCUAAUGCAACACAUAAUAUAUAUGCUUACCGGAUCACCACUAGUAAAGGCUCUAAUAAUGUUAUGUUACAAGGCUGUGAAGAUGAUGGUGAAACCCAUGCUGGGGGUAGAAUGUUACAUCUACUACAAAUAUUAAAUGCAGAGAAUGUGAUUGUGAUAGUAUCAAGAUGGUACGGGGGUAUAUUACUGGGUCCUGAUAGAUUUAAACAUAUCAAUAAUUGUACACGGACAAUUCUACAAGAGUGUGAUUACAUCAAAGAGAAGGGAGAUAAGAAAGGACCCAAAAGUAGUGGUGAGAAGAAGAAAAGGUGAUGCCAGAUCUGUGUUGUGAUAAACUGGUUUAAUAUACAAUAUAAUUGUGAUUAAUAAGAAUUCUGUGAAGGUGCACAUGUGCCAUGCAUUUAGUAGCAAGUUGUGUUUCACACUUUAUUUGUUUCCAAAAACAUUUCUUUCAGAUUAUAUUUCAUUACAAUGUCUGCUCAAGGAAACAGUGUUGGACUCUGUAUUUUUGUAUCUUUUUGUAGCUGUUGGCAUUAUUUUUUUGUUCUUGUGGAUAGAAUGUUUUAUAAAUUUUUAUAUAUUUUUUAUCAAUUUUUAUUAAAAAUGUCAAAAUUCUCAAAUUAUUCAACUAGUCCUUGCCUAAAAAAUAUACAAGAUGUGAUUGAAUGACAUUCUGAAAGCCUUUAUAUCUUAUUCUUAGCAAAUUGAAUAAAUGUUAUAGUUAUAGGCUUCUAAGUUUGGGGGAAUGCUUGUUCGGAACAGGGUAUUACUUGUACAGAUUCUUUUAAAUAUUUUUGCCAGUAUAAAAUUGAAAUACUGAAAAAAUAACUUAUGUUGCCGAUAUUUGGAUCUCCUUUAUGUGGAAUGUUUUUAUUGUUUUGUUUUAAAUGAAAAAUUGUAAAUAAAUAUCUUUAUACCUA